AUGCUCUCCACCCGCCUUGCGCGCGCCGUGACCCCCCUCGACAAGAAGGUCGAGAUGACCAUUCACGAGAAGGGUAACUACAUCAACUACAAGAAGAUGAACGAGAACCUGAACAUCGUUCGCGGUCGUCUGCAGCGCCCUCUCACCUAUGCCGAGAAGGUUCUGUACUCUCACUUGGAUGACCCCCACGGUCAGGACAUCGAGCGCGGUACUUCUUACCUCCGACUCCGUCCCGACCGUGUCGCCUGUCAGGAUGCCACCGCUCAGAUGGCUAUCCUGCAGUUCAUGUCUGCUGGCAUGCCUUCCGUCCAGACCCCAACCACCGUCCACUGUGACCACUUGAUUGAGGCCCAGAUUGGUGGUGAGAAGGAUUUGGCCCGCGCUAACGAGAUCAACAAGGAGGUCUACGACUUCCUGGCCUCCGCUACCGCCAAGUACAACAUCGGUUUCUGGAAGCCCGGUUCCGGUAUCAUUCACCAGAUCGUCCUGGAGAACUACGCUUUCCCCGGUGGUCUGAUGAUCGGUACUGACUCGCACACUCCCAACGCUGGUGGUCUCGGUAUGGCUGCCAUUGGUGUCGGUGGUGCUGACGCUGUCGACGUUAUGGCUGGUCUACCUUGGGAGCUGAAGGCCCCUAAGGUCAUUGGUGUUCGCCUGACUGGCGAGAUGUCCGGCUGGACCACUCCCAAGGAUAUCAUCCUGAAGGUUGCUGGUCUUCUGACUGUCAAGGGUGGUACUGGUGCCAUCAUUGAGUACCACGGACCCGGUGUUAACUCUCUGUCUUGCACUGGUAUGGGUACCAUCUGUAACAUGGGUGCUGAGAUUGGUGCCACCACCUCCAUGUUCCCUUUCAACGAGCGCAUGUAUGACUACCUGAAGGCCACCAAGCGUGAGAACAUUGGCAACUUCGCCCGCGAGUACUCCGCUCAGCUUCGCGAGGAUGAGGGUGCCGAGUACGACCAACUCAUCGAGAUCAACCUGUCUGAGCUCGAGCCUCACAUCAACGGUCCCUUCACCCCCGAUCUUGCCACCCCCAUCUCUCAGUUCAAGGAGGCUGUCAAGACCAACAAGUGGCCUGAGGAGCUCAAGGUCGGUCUGAUUGGCUCUUGCACCAACUCCUCCUACGAGGAUAUGUCUCGUGCUGCCUCCAUUGCACGUGACGCUCUCGACCACGGUCUCAAGGCCAAGUCUCUCUUCACCGUCACUCCCGGAUCUGAGCAGAUUCGCGCCACUAUUGAACGUGACGGUCAGCUCGAGACCCUCGAGGAGUAUGGCGGUGUUAUCCUGGCCAACGCUUGCGGCCCUUGCAUUGGUCAGUGGGAUCGUAAGGACGUCCCUAAGGGUACCCCCAACUCUAUCAUCUCCUCCUACAACCGUAACUUCACUGGUCGUAACGACGGCAACCCUGCCACCCACUCUUUCGUCGCCUCCCCUGACCUCGUCGUCGCCAUGACCGUUGCCGGUACCCUGAACUUCAACCCUCUCACUGACACCCUCAAGGACAAGGAUGGCAAGGAGUUCAAGCUCAAGCCUCCCAGCGGUGAGGGUCUCCCCAACCGCGGCUACGACCCCGGUAUGGACACCUACCAGGCCCCCCCUGCCGACCGUUCCUCUGUCAGCGUCGCUGUUUCUCCUUCCAGUGAGCGUCUGCAGGUCCUCUCUGGUUUCCCUGCCUGGGACGGCAAGGAUGCUACCGAUAUCCCCAUCUUGAUCAAGUGCAAGGGCAAGACCACCACUGACCACAUCUCCAUGGCCGGUCCUUGGUUGAAGUACCGUGGCCACUUGGACAACAUCUCCAACAACAUGCUGAUUGGUGCCAUCAACGAGGAGAACGGCGAGGCCAACAAGGUCAAGAACGCCUUCACUGGCAAGUAUGAUGCUGUCCCCGCCACUGCCCGUGACUACAAGGCCCGUGGCGUCAAGUGGGUUGUCAUUGGUGACUGGAACUACGGUGAGGGUUCUUCCCGUGAGCACGCUGCUCUGGAGCCCCGUCACCUUGGCGGUCUUGCUGUCAUCACCCGUUCGUUCGCCCGAAUCCACGAGACCAACCUGAAGAAGCAGGGUAUGCUUCCCCUGACCUUCAGCGAUCCCGCCGACUACGAUAAGAUCAAGCCCGAUGACAAGGUUGACUUGCUCUGCACCGAGCUUGCCGUCGGCAAGCCCAUGACCCUCCGUGUCCACCCCGCCUCCGGCGCUGCCGCCUUCGACAUCCCUCUCAGCCACACCUUCAACGAGUCCCAGAUCGAGUGGUUCCACGACGGCUCCGCCCUGAACACCAUGGCUCGCAAGUCUGGCAAAUAG